AUGGAGCAAAAGAACGAAGAACCCGAGACGUCCUAUGUCACAAUGGCAGAUAUUUUACAGGAGCAAGAAGAACUGGAAGAAACAUCUCGAGCCGUACUUGGUGGGUCUGAUGAAAAGAACUGCACAUACUCGAAGGGAUAUGUCGAGAGGCAGGCCUUGUAUGCUUGUUUAACCUGUGUUCCGGAAGCACGAGGAGAUGAAUCCAAACGCAGUGGCAUUUGCCUGGCAUGUUCGCUGCAAUGUCACGAUAAUCACGAAUUGUUGGAACUGUAUACUAAGCGUAAUUUUCGUUGCGACUGUGGCGGAAAACGUUUGCCGGAAGUAAAAUGCAAGCUGGAACCGCGAAAAGAAGAAGAAAAUAAGCUGAAUCGGUACAAUCAAAACUUUUCCGGUCUUUACUGCUCCUGUCAUCGUCCCUACCCUGAUCCGGACAAUGACAUCGAAGACGAAAUGGUGCAGUGCAUCGUAUGUGAAGAUUGGUACCACACGCGACAUUUGGAUUUGGAUGAGCCAAAAAACACGAAAGAAUACGCUGAAAUGGUUUGCGGAGGUUGUAUGACAGCAAAUCAGUUUCUAAAGAAUUACGUUGGAAAAAUUGAAGAUAACAACAAAACCGUCCUGGAUGACACAAUCCAGGUGGAUGUAACUGGUUUGGAUGAUUCUACUGUUCCGGCAACUGAGGAAGCUGAUGCUGCUGGACCAAGCGCUCCAAAACAGCGCCGCUUGGAUGAUUCGAACGCACAAGCUCAAGAAGCAAAGGAUGAUAAACUAGCCGUGUCUGUUGACAUUUGUACCAUGCCUUCAACAGGGCCUGAUGCAGAAAAUGCUUACAAGAAGGGAGCGUCAUUUUGGAUGGAAGGUUGGCGGAAGUAUCUGUGCCAAUGCAAAGCUUGCUGUGAGCUGUACAAACGAAACGGUGUUGAAUUCUUGUUAAAUGAAAAGGAUACCGUGCGAUACUACGAGGACGUUGGCAAACAACGCCACGGCUCUAAGGGCUCUUCGUACGAACAGGGCAUGGAGAUGCUGGGCCAAUUGGACCGGGGUACGCAGGUGGAUAUGCUUACCGAAUACAACCGCAUGACUAGCCGAUUGCGCGAUUUUCUGGAUCAGUUUGUAGCGAACCAGCAGGUAGUCACUCGUGAUGAUAUCAACGAAUUCUUUGCCAAACUCAACAAGGAACGACGCGAAUCUCCUGGCAGCGGUCCUCCGCCAUACUUUUGCCGUUGAGUAUUUUACAUGUAAUAUCUAACAUUUCCGAAUCAGUAUCUCAUAUGUAUUAUCUCUCCAGUUAUUUGUCAAUU